AUGCUUCCUCAGCAGAUCAGCCGCACCUUUCGAAAUGCGGGGUGUCUUGAACGCGCACUACCGGUAUCACGGUUGAAACUGGAGCUUAAUCCAACAGUACCGAGUCUCAGACGGCCUCAUGCGACGGGUCAAGGAUCUCAUCAGUCAGCUGGCUUGUUGAUACGCCCUAGUCGAGGUCUCCAUAGCACCAGUUAUUUCAACAACACCGCCGAUGACAUGACGCUAUCCAACGGUCUUCCCAGAUCCAAGGCAUCUAAGGCGCACGCCACCGCGCAUGUAAAGGAGGUUAUCACGCCUGAGCUGCUUGAAAGGCUCCGUAGGUUUUGGUUUAAGCACUUGAACUCCGAAGAAGCUUUCAUCUUGCCGCAGAAGAAUCAGUUGGGACGCUGGUUCUUCUCUGAUGCGGACUUUGAUGAAGCCUGCGUGAGAAAGUUUCGCCCCGCCCUUGAAGCUAUUAAAUCAGCGCGAGCGACGGCAAAGGAUAUCAUUGCCAUCGUAAGGCCCAUCACGCCACUUCAAUGGUUGAGCCUCGUGCUGCUCCUGGACCAGAUUCCGCGUAACUGCUAUCGUGGUGCAGAAUCCUCCGUUGUCUUCAAAGUCUUCGACCCGAUCGCUCUUGAAAUCGCCAAUCAUGCCCUCAAAGCUGGUGCAGCAACGCAUUCCCGUACCAAGUAUCGGGUGGCUUACCGCAUGUGGUUCUACCUCCCACUGAUGCACUCGGAAGAUCUUGCCCUACACGACUUGGCGGUUGAGCAUUAUCAAGAGAUGAAGCAAGACUUUGAAGAGCUCAUGGCUGCUGACGGAGCAGCUGGUGAUGACGAUCAGAGGAAAUGCUGGGGAGUGCUCGCAGUCCAGAAAGAAACGGCGAGGGACUUGUUGGAAACUAACUAUGACUUUGAGAUAAAGCACCGUGAUAUUAUUGCCCAAUUUGGGAGAUACCCUCAUCGCAAUUACGUAAUGCACCGCGAGUCAACUCCGGAAGAAGAGAAGUACUUGAGAACUGGCGGGGAGACGUUUAGCGGUGGAAGAUAG